CCUCAAGUGGGGGCAUGUUGGGAAGAGAAAAAACCCACUCCUUCUGGACACCUCCCACAGAUUUGAAAAAAGAAGGUUUUACUCUGUACUACUACCUCAAUUAUUCUCGGAAUUCUUACAAGUGUUCCUCAGCCGUACUAUCUAUCAUACCCACCACUUGGAAGAUUAGUGAAAGUGUGGGAGGCUGGCUGGAAGGGGGCUACGUUACAUCCAGCUAUUCCUGGACAGGCUGCACCAUGGAACUCAAUAUAUCGGGACAACAUGCUGGAUCAGCGUUGGGAGCUGAGGCCUGUGAUUCAUCCCGAACGGUUGGACAAACAAUAUGUUAGGGGAGAGGGGGUGUGGAGGUCAAAUAAAAUAAGAAUAAAAAAAAAUAAAAAUUGAAAUUAAAACGAGGAAAGCCAGAAGAAGGCUAAAUUCAAAACCGAACAAAAGAUCCAAGGCUCUCUCUCUGUCUGCCUCUCUUUCUCUCACCCUCCCUCUCCC